UUCAUUUUUCCGUCCUAUGGGUCUCUCUGUUUGGCCGGCUGAUUUUUUCCGGACAAACUCCGGCUAAUUUUGAGAAUUAUAUUCUUCGUGCUUCCUAUAAUUACCAUAUGCUUUACUUCUUUAACUAAACAAUUUCAUCUGGGUAUCUUUCAGAAUUGAUCGAUCUUUUUCUUUUAUUUGUUGGUUUCAUUCUUGUAUGCUAUUAUAACAUGGCGGAAGCUGAAGAAAAUGGAAAUACAGAGGGUGUUCCCAGGAAGAUGAGUAGUUUCUCAAGGGAUUUGUUACAUAGAUUUAUCUCCGGAAACCAUUUUCCGGGAAAAAUCGUGGGUAGAAGUCGUCAUGAUGAUUAUGAGGAGGAGGAGGGAGGAGAAGAGAUCGAGCUGAGUCUUGGGCUGUCAUUGAACGGUCAAUUUGGGGUGGACCCAGAAAGAGCGAAGAAAAUAAUACACUCUUCUUCCAUAUCGAACUUCAUGAUCAGUUCUAAUGAAAAGAACAUGGUGUGUACGGUCCCAGUUGAUUUUGGUCCGUACGGGCCUUUGACAAGGACGUGUUCGCUUCCGACGGAAACCGAGGAGGAGAUGAGGAAGCGAAAGGAGUUGCAGUCAAUGAGGCGUAUGGAAGCGAAGAGGAAGAGGGUAGAGAAGCUAAAGAAUGUGAGAAUUGUGAGAGAUAACAAGGUUAAAUUGGAAGAGAAUUGCGAAGAAAAUGGUCUGGGCUUAUUGCAAAUUAAAGUGAAUGGUGAAAGGGCUAAUGGGUUGGUUAAUCAUGGGGGGAUGGAACCUACAGAGCCAUUAUCACAGGGAUCAAUUGGAUCUCAAGGGAGUGGUUCUUCGGGUAGCUCCGAUUUUGAUUCUCAACAGAUUCAAGGAGCAGACAAACACACCAAAAUGAGAACCCUUGUCAGCGUCCAGUCUCUGCCUCAACCGAUUCAACAGAAACCCAUAGUCCAGUUUGCUGGUGCUGCGUCGAAGGAUGGAUCUAUGAAAGUCGAAGUUGCUGACAAGGAAGCAAAGGAAAUGGUGAGGAAUAUGACGGCUGACAUGCCUUGUGUGACUACAAAAGGGGACGGACCAAAUGGUAAAAGAAUAGAAGGUUUUCUAUACAGAUAUAGGAAGGGGGAGGAAGUGAAGAUUGUGUGUGUCUGUCAUGGCAGCUCUCUCUCUCCGGCCGAUUUCGUAAAGCAUGCCGGCGGUGGUGAAGUGGCGCACCCCCUGAAGCAUAUAGUUGUUAACCCUUCUCCUUUCUUGUAAUGCUAGGAUUCGUGCCAACCCUUCAAGAAAAGGGGUGAGGUAAAAAACAAAAAUUGUAAUUUCAAUUUUAAUGUGAAAUUUUCAUAUCCUAUACAUUGGUUUCUGUUUCAGAGCGUUGUUCGCAGGUACCCCUUAUGGAUUGGUUGUGAAUAGGUGUGUCAACCGAUCAGAUAUAGACUGGAUUGUCAUUUUUGAAUCCGAAUUCAAUUACAAUUUAU